UUGUCGGGUCCCACCAUGGCAGUUUACCGCCUGUGUGUAACCACUGGUUCCUACCUGAAGGCUGGCACACUGGACAACAUCUACGCUACUUUGGUGGGCACCUGUGGCGAGAGCCCUAAGCAGAAGCUGGAUCGUGUGGGCAGGGAUUUCGCCACUGGAUCGGUUCAGAAGUACAAGGUGCGCUGUGCAGCAGAGCUGGGUGAGAUCUUGCUGUUGCGCCUACACAAGGAGCGCUUCGCUUUCUUCUGCAAGGACCCCUGGUACUGCAGUCGAGUCAGUAUCACGACCCCAGAUGGCACCGUUAUUCACUUCCCCAGCUAUCAAUGGAUUGAGGGCUAUUGCACCGUGGAGCUGCGACCGGGAACAGCAAGAACCAUCUGUCAGGACUCUCUCCCCCUCCUUCUGGACCACAGGAAACGGGAACUCCAGGCCCGCCAGGAAUGCUAUCGCUGGAAGAUCUACGCCCCCGGUUUCCCGAGAAUGGUGGAUGUCAGCAGCUUUGAGGAGAUGGAGUCAGAUAAGAAAUUUGCCUUGACCAAGACAAUCCCUUGUGCAGACCAGGAUGACAACUCUGGGAACAGGUACGUGCCUGGCUUACCCAUGAAGGUUGACCUCCCAUCUCUGUUGCACAUGGAGCCCAACAUUCGAUACUCAGCCACCAAGACAGCCUCACUGAUCUUCACCGCCAUUCCUGUAUCCUUGGGAAUGAACAUUCGUGGUCUGCUAGCCCGCAAGGGCUCCUGGAAGAAGCUGGAUGACAUCCGGAACAUCUUCUGGUGUCACAAGACCUUCACUUCAGAGUACGUCACAGCGCACUGGUGUGAGGACAGCUUCUUCGGGUGCCAGUACCUGAAUGGUGUCAACCCUGUCAUGCUCCAUUGCCUCUCCAGCUUGCCAAGCAAGCUGCCUGUCACCAAUGACAUGGUGGCACCUUUGCUGGGACCAGGCACCUGCCUACAAACAGAGCUAGAGAGGGGGCACAUUUUCCUAGCGGAUUACUGGAUCCUGGCGGAGGCCCCUGUCCAUUGCGUAAACGGCCGCCCACAGUACGUAGCCGCUCCGCUUUGCCUGCUGUGGCUCAACCCACAGGGGGUGCUGCUGCCGCUGGCCAUCCAGCUCAGCCAGACACCGGGACCAGAGAGCCCCAUCUUUCUGCCCACUGACUGCGAGUUGGACUGGCUGCUGGCCAAGACGUGGGUGCGCAACUCUGAGUUCUUGGUGCACGAGAACAACACGCACUUUCUGUGCACGCAUUUGCUAAACGAGGCCUUCUCCAUGGCCACACUGCGUCAGCUACCUCUAUGUCAUCCAAUCUACAAGCUCCUGCUUCCCCACACUCGAUACACGCUGCAGGUGAACACCAUCGCAAGAGCCACGUUUCUCAACCCAGAAGGCCUCGUGGACACGGUCACGUCCAUCGGUCGGCGCGGCCUCAUCUACCUCAUGAGCACAGGGCUGGCCCACUUCACCUACACGGAUUUUUGCCUUCCGGAUAGCCUACGGGCUCGCGGCGUCCUGAACAUCCCCAACUACCACUACCGGGACGAUGGCCUGAAGAUCUGGGCGGCUAUUGAGAGGUUUGUCUCAGAGAUCGUGAGCUACUAUUACCCCAGCGAUGCCUCGGUGCUUCAGGAUUCUGAGCUGCAGGCCUGGGUGGGUGAGAUUUUUACUCAGGGAUUCCUCGGCCGGGAGAAUUCAGGCUUCCCAAGCAGGCUGUGCACUCCAGGAGAGCUUGUGAAGUAUCUCACUGCAAUCAUCUUUAACUGCUCCGCCCAGCACGCUGCAGUCAAUAGUGGGCAGCAUGACUUUGGGGCCUGGAUGCCCAAUGCCCCAUCAACUAUGAGGCAGCCCCCUCCUCAGACUAAGGGGACUACAACAAUGAAGAGUUACCUAGACACCCUCCCAGAAGUGAACACCACCUGCAGCAGCCUUCUCCUCUUCUGGUUGAUCAGUCAGGAGCCCAAAGACCAGAGGCCUCUGGGCACUUACCCAGAUGAACACUUCACAGAGGAGGCCCCACAGCAAAGCAUUGCGGCCUUCCAGAACUGCCUGGCACAGAUCUCCAGGGACAUCAGGGAACGCAACCAGAACCUGGCACUACCUUAUACCUACUUGGACCCUCCCCUCAUCGAGAACAGUGUCUCUAUCUAAGCCCCACUUCACACCAUCCCCGACGAAAAGAAGUUCCAACUAAAGGGAAGGCCGUCGUCUUCCUAAGGCCUUCCAGUCCCUUCCCGCCUCCCUCAUCUUGAACCUUCUCUGCCUAUGGGACCAAGAUGGCCCUCAUAUUAUAUAAAUGGGCCCUAAGCUGUGAGGGACCAGUACAGCAGUGUUCAGGUGAAAGCCGCUGAUUAAAGUCAA